GCCACCUUCCAGAGCCCCUGCACUCUUGUCUCUGUCUCUGCAGCAGCAUCAGCCAGCUCCCUGAUCCUGUCAGCUAUCCAGCUCCACAGCUGCCUUCCCUCCUCCUCAGCUUUGUCCUUCAGGCACCAUGAGGAGCGCCAUGCUGUUCGCGGCUGUCCUCGCCCUCAGCUUGGCUUGGACCUUCGGGGCUGUGUGUGAGGAGCCACAGGGGCAGGGAGGGAGGCUCAGUAAGGACUCUGAUCUCUAUCAGCUGCCUCCGUCCCUGCUUCGGAGACUCUACGACAGCCGUCCCGUCUCUCUGGAAGGAUUGCUGAAAGUGCUGAGCAAGGCUAGCGUGGGACCCAAGGAGACAUCACUUCCACAGAAACGUGACAUGCACGACUUCUUUGUGGGACUUAUGGGCAAGAGGAACAGCCAACCAGACACUCCCACCGACGUGGUUGAAGAGAACACCCCCAGCUUUGGCAUCCUCAAAUAAACCCCCGUACAGAAAAGCACUCUACCCCUGGACCCCGGAUUGCAUCAUAAGGCAGUGCCUGCUCCUGCUUCCUCUUCUCCUCCCCUGCCUGUAAGGUCCUCCUGUCGGCUCCCUUCCCUACUCUGCAUAGAAGCUGCAUAUGAACAGCCUCAACCCCAUAUCAAUUAUGGUUUCUGUAGUGUCCUGCAUUAAAAAUACUAUUUCUCCUCUUCGACAAUAAAGGGUUUUU